AUGACAGAGAGAGACGGGCAGAAAGAAUCGGACAGACAGGGGGAGGCAGAAAGAGAGAAAGGGACAGGUAGGGGGAGGCAGAAAGAGAGAAAGGGACAGAUAGGGGGAGGUAGAAACAGACAAAGACAGAGAGGGAAGGACAGGCAGAGAGAGGGGAGCGAGACAGAGACAGACACACACACAGAGACAGACAGAGAGAAAGGACAGGCAGGGGGAGGUAGAAACAGACAAAGACACACAGAGAGAGACAAACACAGAGAAAGGGACAGGCAGGGGGAGGUAGAAGGAGACAAAGACAGAGAGGGAGAGACAGGCAGCGACAGAGAGAAACAGAAAAACACAGAAAGAUAG